AUGGAUUUUAGACUUGGGCAAAUGGGUUUGCUUUUAGCUCUCGAGGAAAAAGAUGUUCGAUUUAUAGGUAUAUGGGGUAUGGGUGGAGUGGGUAAGACCACCCUUGCUAAGCUAGUGUACGAGAAAAUUUUGCAUCAUUUUGAAGUGGCUGAGUUUCUUGUUGAUGUCAGGAAGUCUCACGGUCAACUAGUGAAUCUUCAGAAACAGGUUCUUUUCCCAGUCUUGAAGGAAAAUGUUUUGCAAGUUUGGGAUGAGUACAAAGGAACCCUUUUAUUUAGGAAAUGCAUGUCUAAUAAAAAGGUUCUUGUUGUUGUUGAUGAUGUUGAUUGCUGUGACCUCCUAAAAAAGUUGGCCGGACAUAAAUCUUGGUUUGGAGAGGGGAGCAGAAUCAUUGUAACAACUAGAUAUGAACGUGUGCUCAUUGAGAAUGACAUAGAAAUAUCAUUUAAGCUAUUAGGGCUAAAUGACUGUGAAGCUCUUGAGCUAUUUUGUCAAAAUGCCUUGAAAAAAGAUCUGCCUGAGGAAGGAUUUUCAGAGUUGUCCAAGUGUUUCAUAGAUGAUGUGGAAGGGCUUCCCUUAGCUCUUAAAAUCGUUGGAAGUUCUUUGUACAAUAGAGAUCUAGAGACAUGGGAAAGUGCUUGGGACAGACUAAAGAAAGGCUCUGAUGCAAAGGUUUUUAAUUCACUCAAAAUAAGUUAUGAUGCACUAGAUUACAUGGAGAAAAACAGUUUUUUGGAUGUUGCAUUCUUCCACAGGGGGAUUACGAAGGCCCGAGUUAUUGAAUUACUAAAGAGCUGUGGCCUUAGUGGUCGUUAUGGGAUAGAUGUUCUCAUUGAGAAAUCUCUAGUGACUAUUGAUAUGUACAACAAUGUUGGGAUGCAUGGUUUGAUACAAGAUAUGGCAGAGGAAAUUGUUCGUCAAGAAAUUCCAGACUCUCGUGAAGAGCCUGGUCUUCGCAGCCGUUUGUUGCAUCGUAAUGACAUCUUUCAUGUAUUCACGACUAAUACGGGAACAGAAGCAAUCAAAGGCAUCCGCUUGAGCCUAUCAGAAUUAGAAGAGGCAGAUUCCAACUGGAAUUUUGAAUGCUUCUCUAAGAUGCUCAAACUUAUGUUUCUUGAAUUUGAUAAUUUAAUAGACUUGCCUAAAUUGAAACGUAUGGAUCUUAGUGUCUCCAAAUAUUUGAAGAAGUCCCCAGAUUUCACAGGUAUGGCGGAUCUUGAGGACUUGGAUCUUAAAUAUUGUGAAGGUUUAGUUGAGGUCCAUUCAUCCAUUGCAGUGCACAAAAAACUUAAGCGGUUGAUACUCCAAGGAUGCAAAAACGUUAAGAGCUUCCCAAGUAAGAUUGAAAUGGAUUCCCUCGAGUUUCUUGACCUUUCCUACUGCUCAAAACUAAAGAUUCCAGAAUUUGGAGAAGGGAUGGAAAAGUUGUCUGACCUGUACAUGCCCAAUACUGCUAGUGAGGAACUACCUUCAUCAAUUGAACAUCUGGUUGGUCUUGAGUGUUUGGAUAUUGAUGAUAGCAAAAGUCUCAAGAGUAUACCGAGUACAUCAAUUUUGAAACUGAAGUCUCUUAAACAUCUCUAUAUGUCAGGAUGCCCAAAAUUGAAGAAACUUGUAGGAAAUACAAGGAAGACAGAGUGUUUGAAACCGUCUAUGAGAAGUAAGCUUGGCUCCUUAUUUAGAAGAAAGAGUCUAGAGCCUUCGUUGCCAUCUCCAAGGGCUUUACCGUCUUUGAGGUAUUUAUAUCCAACUGAUUGUCACCUUAGACAAGGAGUACUCCCCGAUGAUAUUGGCUACUGCUUUCCAUCUCUACAUAAGUUGCAUCUUGGUGGAAAUGAUUUUAUUACUCUUCCUGCAAGCAUUAAAUGCCUUUCUAAGCUUCGUUUUAUAGAUUUGAGGGGGUGCAAAAGGCUUCAACAAUUACCGAAUCUCCCAUCGAAUAGGGAUCUAGAAGUGUGGGCAGAUGAUUGUGAUUCCUUAAAAAAGUUGUCAGAACCAUCACAGCAGGGCACAUCCUCCAAUUUGGCUUUCUUUCGUUUAAGAACUGUGAAUUGCUUUGGAUUGAUUGACGAUGGAAUAUUUUCAAUGCUAAGGAGAUUGGCUGCUCAGGGAAUCUCUCCGAACUUUUUCUCAUUUGAUAUUGUAAGUCCUGGAAGUAUAAUCUCAGAGUUGUUUGAUAUUCGAAGCGAGGGAGGCUCAUUGACUAUGGACCUGCCUCCGGAUCGGAAAAAUUGUAAAUCAGAGUGGAUGGGCAUUGUGUUUUGUGUUGUUUUUGCCGAUCAAAUAGAACCUCACACUCUUGAGUGUAAUGAUUUCUUAAUUGAAGAUCUAUCACCUGGGCUGUCGGACAAAAGGAGCGGCGUCGCCGGAGAUUCGAAGGCUAGAUCCAAGAACGUGUGGCCGCAAAACCCUAGAAAUGCGGCGAGAGAGCAACAGAAGAAGAAGAAAAGCCCUAGCGCCGAGGUCUGUGUCAAGGUGAAUAGUGCUCGAUCGGUGACGGUGUCGUCGCCUCUAGCCUUGCAGGAGCCUAAUCGGCUCAAAUCUGAGGUCUACGAUGGCUUCUCUCAUGUAUUCUCCCCCGAUUCCUCUCAGAAGGUUCCUCUCCAAGUGAACUGUGCAUGUUACGGCUGUCAACGUAAAUUCAGAAAAACAAUACCAGAAUUCCAGAAGCAUAUCCGAGACAACUAUGGUCUUCGACGUUCAAAUUUUGAUCUGCGGAGUGGGACAUUGGAGAUCAUAGAUGAUGUAGACGAAACCAAGCUGGAGGAGCUGAAGGUGGUUUUUCUAGAGUUCACAAAGAAGCAGGAUCCUUCAAAUGAUACCACAUUCUGCUGCUGUUUCUGGACGUCGAAAAAGAAAGAAGGCACAUCUAGUCAUGUAGCCCAACUCAAUGACCAUUCGGAGCACUUGUCGAUUAGAAACAACAAUGCGAACAACGCCAACAACAAAUCUGAAAAGGAUGGUGGAAAGAACCAACCCGAGGUUAAUCACCAGUCACCACCACCACCAACAACAACAAAAACAAAAACAACAUCCAGAUGCAAAUAG